AUGGACGCAGAUAGAAGGCUCACAAAAGCUCUGGAAGCGGCUAAUGAUGCGCUCCAGCAUCUAUCUAUGUCGCCUGACUUCUCCUGUCUCGACUGCACUCACAUUGAUCGUUUGAUCGGGAGAGUUGUCGACCUACCAACCGAAGGCAAUCAGAGAAAUAGCAGGCGCAACCUUCUAGUUAUAAGGCAAUGGAUGAUUACAGAAGGGCCGGGAGUCGUACUACUGGAAGUUCUUGGGCAACUUUACUGGCGGUUGGGCGAGCUCAAUAGCAAGCAGUUCGAGAAGUUCAAGAUGGCUCUCCAGCAGCAACAGCCAUAUUUGUCACUUAUUCAAGACACUGCCGCAGUCACCUUGGUACUUCAGAGACUGCAACAUAUCCAACGGUUGAAGGCGGAAGCGUGCCAGGAUUUCCUCUGCGAACUGUCUGACUUGACAGGGAUGAAAGGCAAGUCUGUAGUGGAUGCCUCAAGAUCGAGAUCCAGUAGCCCAUUUUCUCCGGCGUCUGUGCAGUCUUCAGACAGUACUUCGUCCCAAGAGACCGGCUAUGUAAGCCUGAUCAAGUAUGUGCCCUCAGCCACUGCAUGGUCAGGCGACAUUGAACAGCUCCUUAUCGACUUCUACGUCAAUGGGAUCUGUCCUGGUCGCACGGUUGCUACCCAGUCGAAUGGCUACCUAUCUUUGCUCCAAGUCGCGAAUACCUGCCUGAGCACACGAUAUGCUCUUCUCAGUCUAUCUGCAUCAUACAUCAGCGAGUACCUCCCUUCGCAAAAGGAUCUCUACCACCAGGCAGAAUUGUACUAUUCAACACAAGCUCUCCAAGCUCUUGCAACGCAAAUCACCAAUGGCGAUGAUUAUGAGGGUGCGCUCGCUACUAGUAUGCUGCUCAUGCAUCAUGGCGCUAUCAACAACUCUCCAGACUCGCCCCUAUGCUGGUCUUGUCACGCAAACGUAUUCAACAUCAUCCCAGACAACUCGGUCAAUCACCAAUCAGACUCAGCGCUGUUCAUUCGCGGACAGCUUACUCUCGCUCGCACCGCACAGACCUCGCAAUCACUUCGAUCUACACAGUUUCACUCGCUCGAGACCAAGACUUGGUAUGACGGCACCCCGCCCAGCGAUGCUCAGAAGAUUUGCGGAAUUCUUGGCUUCUCACCACAACUGCUGUUCAUCAUCUCAUCCAUCACGUCGCUAGCGUUAGACGCCAGUAACAUCAACAUGCUCAUGUAUGCUCAGCUACAAGAAGCAAAACUCCAACACCUGAAGCAAUGGACUGCGGAGCCUCAAGGUAUUGAACAGGAGAUAUUGCUUGCUACAGCAGAGGCCUUCCGUCUGGCAGCGCUGAUAUACCUGCGCUGCCGUCUGUACGGUAUGACGCGUUUCCACCCCUCCAUCCUCGACCUCUCCGACGCUCUUCACACUCUCAUUCUCUCCCUCCCGGUCAAAGGCGCACUCUACACAGCCAUCUAUCCUGUGUGGCCGGUCUUCGUAGCCGCCGUCACUGUAAACUCGGACAAGCGCGACCAUCUGUACCAACGCGUUGUACCCAUCCGAGAAGGCGAUAAGAACACAUUACCGGCGGUGCUGAAGCGCAUAAGUGGCAUGCGAGUCUGUCUUGCACAACAGGAUCUGACUUGUCAGAGGCGGGACGGCUGGUGGGAUGAGAUGUUGAGUCCAAGUAGUAGUACGACUGCGCUGGGAAGGAAUCUGCUGUGCUUAGGUUGAUCGGCAGUCAGCGAUGUUUUGAUGCGGAUGUUUAAAAAGGCGUUUGGCUUUUGGAGUGGAUGCACAUUCCCUUUCGUUUUCAGUACAUUUGUCUUCUCGCACUUUGCAUCCACCUCUAUACCCCUAGAUCUCUCCGUUUCCAUCAUCGCUUCGGGUUCUACCAUUUUAGAGCCAAGACAAAUAUAUGAAUCUUUGCGCGUAUCAAGUCCUGGGAAUGCGCAGCUUCCACCAUCUGCAAUAACCCGCAUUCUCUUACCAUCAUGCUUGACUGGACCAAACCACUGUCAGCAUUUGCAGUUGAUGAAGAAAGUUGCGUUGCUGUGCCGUUACUGUCGACCAAGUCGUGUCAGCCAAUCACGCUGCCGUCUGACCGUACGGUGCUGCAGCUCCGACCGUACGGACGCCGUACCAACAUCCUUAUGUUGCUGCGCAUAAUUUACACCUCUACUCGGAAACCGGUAUAGCAAAGACGUUCGC